AUGGAUGAUAAUGCAGAUGACGUUGAAUCAUAUAUCUGCCGCCGGUACCAAAAGUACAUUGCUCAGUAUACAGUCUCUCCUUAUGCUCAAAGUCCAUUAAAGGGCUCUCUGAAUAGAGCUGUGUUUAGUACAUUUAGCAGAUUUAAGUCACAAGUUUUCUACUGGGCUGUUCCAUUAUGUAUUGUUUAUGGCUUUUGGGCAAAGGCUAGAGACUAUAAUGCUUAUUUAUAUACCAAGGCCGGAAGAGAGGAGCUAGAGAGGGUCAAUGUUUAA